UUAUUUUGAAAAGAAAAUGUACGUGGACUACACUAUCCCGGAAGUAAAUUCAUUUCUGAAGCUUGUGCCUGUUUGUACAUUGCUGAGAAAAAUCCUCUGCAUGUGUUAAUAACUGUAGCCAUAUGAAGAAUUCGCUCAAAUUGAUUUUAAACAGCCUAUUAUAAACGUACAUGCAUUGCAGAAGAUAAAGCAGCUCGCUUGUGAACAGGACGGAAUUGUAUUGAUGUGGAAUUGGGCCAGGUGUUAGAAUACGAAAGGAUUCCAGUCCAGCACUAGGUGUCGGGAUGAGCUUCUUCAGUUUCGGACAAACUGCCGAAAUUGACAUAGUUCUAAAUGAUGCCGAGACGAGAAAAAAGGUCGAGCACAAAACAGAGGACGGGAAAAAGGACAAAUACUUCCUGUUUUACGAUGGAGAGACAGUCUCUGGGAAAGUCAACGUAACCCUAAAGAACCCAGGCAAGAGGCUCGAGCAUCAAGGGAUCAAAAUAGAAUUUAUCGGGCAAAUCGGUAAGUAUGUCUCCAUAUCAGCCCAAAAUUACGUAAACAUUUCUGCUUGGAUUCAACUAACAAACCAAAUUCAUUUCUAUACAGGUGAAUCCAUCCCUAUCCGUCUUUUUCUGGCUGGGUACGAGAUGACGCCCACCAUGAGGGACAUUAAUAAGAAAUUCUCUGUUCGUUAUUACCUGAAUCUUGUACUCAUUGAUGAAGAAGAGAGACGUUACUUCAAACAACAGGAGAUUACACUAUGGAGAAAGGGAGACGUUGUGAGGAAGAGCAUGUCCCAUCAAGCUGCCAUCGCCUCCCAGCGCUUCGAGGGCUCGGCGAGCUCAGAGAAAGCACUCUCUCAAGCUAAAGAGGAGGACGACUAAACCCAACCAUGUCUUCUCAUCAUCUCGUGUGUGUUAGAGAGAGUGUGUCUGUGUGUGUGGAUUUAAAGAAGCUGCGUGCUCCCAAAAUAGAUGGCAAUGUAAACAUGAUAUUUAACAUUCUUAAACAUACCAGUUUAUGAUCAACAAGUUCUUAAGUUGCUUUUAAAAAGGGAUGAAUAUGAAAAGUAAAAACACUGAUUCCAAAAACCACAAUUCGAUAUUUACAAAUUCUUCUUGGCGGUUCCUCUGAGAUUGUUUACUUGUUGCCCGCCACCCUGAAUUUAAUUGACUGUAUAUUUAUUUCAAACAUUUCAGCAGUCUAUCUAGACAAAACCAACACAUUCCACUCUCCAUCUGGCCUUUUUAAAAUUAAUUCUGUAUUGAAUGUUUUGUUAUUGUAGAUUUUUUUUCUUUCAUAACAUAUACAUUGCAUACAGUAUUCCGUUUCUGUUUUUAAUGAAAUGGUGUUUAACUAAUUCAUAUUUUUAGUGCAUUUUUUUUAAUACUUACCGAUACAUGCCUUUUUACUUUUGUUGCCAUUCCGGAAGAUAAUUUAUAAGCACUUCAGGGUUUUUGCCAAUGUGAUUUCAGUGUCUCCAUAUCAGCCCAAAAUUACGUAAACAUUUCUGCUUG